GAAAUUUCAAACAUAACGUUGGCAACGUUUUCAAUCUUUGGUGUAUGGACGUGAAAUAACUUGCUUGUAUUCGUCGACCUAAAGGUAACAAAAAUGGUGAAGGCAGGCACGAGGAAAUUAAAGGUUGCAGCGCCUAAAGCGCUAAAACAUGGUGGUAAGGAUAAAGAAAAAAAUCCUAUGCGUGAAGUCCGUAUUCGUAAAUUAUGCCUUAAUAUCUGUGUGGGUGAAUCAGGUGACAGAUUGACUCGUGCUGCCAAAGUGUUGGAACAGCUGACAGGUCAGCAACCAGUCUUCUCAAAAGCCAGAUAUACUGUGCGAUCAUUCGGUAUCAGAAGAAAUGAAAAAAUUGCAGUCCAUUGCACAGUUAGAGGUCCAAAAGCAGAAGAAAUUCUAGAAAAAGGCUUAAAAGUUAGAGAAUAUGAAUUGAAAAGGGAAAACUUCUCAGAUACCGGAAACUUUGGUUUUGGUAUUCAAGAACAUAUUGAUUUAGGCAUCAAGUAUGAUCCUACUAUUGGUAUAUACGGUCUAGACUUUUAUGUUGUGUUGGGUCGACCUGGUUUCAACGUUGCAUACAGACGAAGAAGAAAGGGUGUUGUUGGAUCAAAGCACAGACUUUGUAAGGAAGAGGCCAUGAAAUGGUUCCAACAAAAAUAUGAUGGCAUCAUCCUUCCCAGUAAAAGUGGCAAGUAAAUCUGUUAUGUUAUGUGUAAAAAAAAUCCAAAUAAAAAAAUUAAUGACUA